CCCUUGACAUGAACACACCUGCAGAUGUGAAUACAAUGUUUUAACUCACUAGCAGAGUAACUGUUGUGAGAGAAGCAGAGAAGGAGACGUUGCUCAACACACACUCAAACAUCCAGGGAAUGGCUUCCACCUUUAGCCUCCUGUCAGAGAAGCACUUCCUGUGCUCGCUGUGUGAGGACAUCUUCAGCAAUCCGGUCACAACACCGUGUGGUCACAGCUUCUGUAAAGUGUGUCUGCGCAAAUACUGGAGCCGCUCUGGCUCGGGUAAAUGUCCUCUCUGCCGCAAGGCCUUCGUCUCCAAACCUCAUCUCAGCGUGAAUCGUAUACUGGCAGAUGUUACAGAGCAUUACAGGAAAUCACGGAUAGAUGGAAAACUGAAAUCUGUCAGUGUGGGCGGACUCUUAAAUGAUACUUAUGUGCAGGUAGAGAAAACAAACACAGAGGUGGGGCACAUGAUCGAAGAGAGGAUUCAGAAAAUGGACAAACUCAAGCAGUCUCUUAAACUCCUAAAGAGCUCGUGUCUGCGGGAGGUGCAGGAGAGUCAUAGGGUCUUCUCUGCCCUCCUCAGUGCGGUGGAGGCGGCCCACAAAGCAGUGGUGGCGGAGGUGGAGGAGAAACAGCAAGAGGCUGAGAAACGAGUGGACCAACUCAUGAAACAGCUGGAGAACGAGAUCGCUGAGCUGAAAAGUGGACAGACAACACCUGAGGAUCUUCUAGAUAGCAAGGAGCAUCUUAGAAAGAGUUUCAUUCAUUUACCCAGAGAGAUGAGGGACUGGUCAAAGGUCACACUAGAGACAGACCUGUGUGUAGGAUUCACCAGGAAAGCUGUGAGUGAUUUCAUCAACACCGUCAGGACGGAGGCUAACAAACUCUCGAAAGCAGAGCUGAAGAGGCUGCAGAUAUACACGGUGGAGAUCAGACUGAGCCCUCGCACCGCUCACACCCACCUCUCCAUCUCGGAUGACAGGAAGCAGGUCAGACACACCACCAAGCAGCAGGAGGUCCCUGAAAAUCCCAAAAGGUUUGAACGUGUGACCAAUGUGAUGUCCAAGGAAGCCUUCCAGUCAGGUAGACACUACUGGGAAGUGGAAGUAGGAGACAAGACGGACUGGGACCUCGGCGUGGCCAAGCACUCUGUUAACAGGAAGGGGAAAUUUACCGUCAGUCCUGCAAACGGCUUCUGGAUGCUCAGCCGGAGGAACGGAAAUCAGUACACGGCCAACACGGUGCCACCGACCUGUCUGUCUCUCACCUCCAAACCCAGAAAGGUGGCCAUUUAUCUGGACUACGAGGGAGGGCGUGUGUCCUUCUUCUGUCCUGAGUCGGGGAUUCAUAUCCACACAUUUACAGACAAGUUUACUGAAAGACUUCACCCUAUUUUUAACCCCGGACGACUGCGUGGAGGCAACAACGCUGCGCCGCUCAUCAUCACCACCAACUUCUGCACCAUCUAAACCAGGCCUUUGUUUUUCUUUUUGCUCUUCGUGUUCAGAUUACAGUUAAAUCUCUAAUGAGCUCUAAAGAAUUCUGCCUGAAAUAAAAGACACAAUUUGAGGUCUAAUUUAUUUUAUUAUAUUGUGUUCAUAAAUGUACUUUGACUUAUGUUACUGGUAUUUUUCUAAAUAAACACAUACACGGUAUCCUUUAACAGAA